UUCGUUACCACGCCUCCAUCUUCUAUCCGAAAUUAACCAAAAUAAUUCCUUUUUACAUGUUUGAGAUCAGGACGUGGACUUGUGAGCCUGCAACAUUGAAAAGGAGAGUGAUUGUUGUUUGUUGAAGCGGGGAGGCCAAGCAAUGAACUUAUCACGUCUGCGUCUCUGAUUCUGUCCUCUGCUUUUUACUGCUCUGCCCUCCCCUGUUCCUCUCCUCUUCCCUCUACUUCCACGCUAUUUCUUUGAUAUUUUCUGAGCAUCCAUUCUGAUAGUUUAGCGUCCGUUGGAAGCCUGUAUUUCGUGGUAUUUCUUUUCUCGAAUACAGCGGUUCUUAGUGGUUUCCAUUUUCUCGCACAGUAUAGUUGUCGGUUGCCUUUCCAUUUUUCCGUCUGAUGAGUGGCUUCGAAUUCCUCAUUUUGUUCUGCCUUCUGAACCAAACUCAGGGCGAGUAGAAGGUGAGUAGGUUUUUUGCUUUUUUGGGUCUCCAAAACAAAAAGAAAUGAAUGAGAAGGUAGAUUCUCCCGUUGGAGUUCUGGAGGAAUAUUUUGGAAGUCCAGAGUCAGAAACUAGUGGCUCCUAUUCCAAAGAACCCACGGUGGGUUCUGGCUCUGAAGACGAUAAGUCAACACCUGCUUCUAGAUGGCCCGGUUUCCUUCAGUCGUUGGGGACCAGAUCAAAGAAACCUAUAGCCCCAUUGCAUUUUCUGAGUGUUCUCAAGCUCUCCAGGAGAUUCAGUCGUGGCACAAGGGAGACUACACUGCCAAAUCAUUACAUUGAUGCAGAUUCAUCCCCCCACAGAUUACCAUGCAAGAUCUUCUCCUACCAUGACAUUCAAAUGGCAACCAAUCAUUUCAGCCAGAAGAAUUUGAUUGGAAAAGGAGGUUAUGCUGAAGUUUACAAAGGGUGUUUGCGAAAUGGUCAACUGGUGGCAAUUAAACGGCUAACUCGAGGAACCCCAGAUGAGAUCAUAGGGGACUUUUUAUCAGAACUGGGCAUAAUGGCGCAUGUGAACCAUCCCAAUACUUCUAAGUUGGUUGGCUAUGGAGUGGAAGGAGGAAUGCAUCUUGUCCUCGAAUUGUCCGAAAAGGGGAGCUUAACUUCGUUGCUUUAUGAUUUUGCGCAAGGUUCGAAGGAGAAACUACCAUGGUGCGCAAGGCACAAAAUUGCGUUGGGAACGGCUAAAGGUAUACUUUAUCUUCACGAGGGUUGUCAUAGGAGAAUUAUCCACAGGGAUAUAAAGGCUGCAAAUAUCUUGCUUAUGAAGGACUUUGAACCUCAGAUUUGUGAUUUUGGGCUGGCAAAAUGGCUACCGGAGAAUUGGACUCAUCACACCGUUUCAAAAUUUGAAGGGACUUUUGGCUACCUUGCUCCAGAAUACUUGCUUCAUGGCAUAGUAGACGAGAAAACAGAUGUAUAUGCCUUCGGUGUAUUGCUUUUGGAAUUGGUCACUGGGCGGCGAGCACUUGAUUAUUCACAGCAAAGCCUUGUUUUGUGGGCAAGACCAUUGCUGAAAAAGAAUGAUAUUAGGGAGUUGGUUGACCCUUCACUAGGCCAAGACUAUGACUGUCGUCAGAUUCAUUUGGCGCUCUUGGUAGUCUCUUUGUGCAUCCAACAAUCCGCAAUUCGUCGGCCCUCCAUGAGACAGGUUGUGCAGCUUCUGAGCGGCAACCUUAGCGGCUGCAAGCACAUGAAGAAGACUCGACUUUCGUUUGUUCGUAAAGUCCUGGAGGAAGAGCUCCUCCAUUCUGAGUAGUAGCCCUAACGAAUUGAACAUCAGCUUCCUCUAUCCUUCUCUGCCCUCCCUAGCUUCUUGAUCAAACAUGUGUAUGUCAAGUGUAUGGAAAAAGCUAAGACACCAUAGGAAGACACAGACGUAUUCAUUAUGAGUUUGCUAAUUCAUGUAAAUUGAAUUACAUACAAGUUUCAACUUUCAAGUCAAUCGUUGUAGCAAGCCAUUCCGCAUCCAUUCGGGCAGUUCUGUUGUACAACAGGAGGAGUACAUGACAACUUUCCCUAAUAUAAGGAGUUUGGGCCUUUUUCGGCCAGAAAGGAGUUUGGGCCUGAUGCGCUCAUGUGUACGUGACGUUUAGGAGAAUAGCAUGACAU